AUGGCUUCGCCACCCCCCGCCCAGUCAACACACGCCAGGCUUGAUGCCAUGGAGGAGGGAAUGGCGGCUGUCCGGCACGAGCUAGCAGGCAUCGCCGGCUUCCUGCAGGAUUUCCUGGCUCACCGCCAAGACGUCAUCAUUGAGGAAGUCCCUCUCGACGAGAUAAACCCGGUCCCAGAGACAGUGAAUGACGCGGCCGACAGGGAGAACCCCAGGAUCCCUGCGGCCCCUGAAGCGAGAAUCGUGGCUCCCAACGGGGAGUGCACAGGCCAAGGAACCGACCCCCCAGUCGGAGUACCCCCACUACAGGUGACUGGCAACCCGGAAGGUCCCACACUCCCAGCUGCCAGUCUUCCACCGGCAGAGGCCACAGGAGAGGCCCAGGACCCGAGAGAGCAACCGGGAGUUGCUUUUCUCCUGCCCCCUCCAGAGGACACAUCCACUUCAUGUCCCCAGGAGGUGAUAGACUUCCUGGAGCGAGCCUGGAGCCUGGAGGGCCGGGGGGUGAGAUGUCGCCGACCGAAGGGAACGUCAACCCUAAAGCUCCCCUUCCUCCAGGCCCCAACACUGGACAGAGAAAUCCUUACGUUCGGUGCCGGGCGUUCGUUUCCCGUAAAUCAGGCCAGAGACAAGAGGCUCCAACAGGUCCAGGAGUCCAUCCUGGAACUGCUGGAGCCUCUGGCGACCCUUCUCUCUGCAGCAGUAGAGCGCCCCCCACCAAAGGCUUCAGUGGCAGCUGCCGUCACAAGAGCCACCGCUAUUGUGGCGCGAACGAACGGACUUCUCAUCAAGGAGCGUCGGGAGGGGGCAUUGGCGGCGUUCCCGGACACAAUGCGUUCCUUGGUCCCAGGGCUGCCUGAACCUUCGGGGGAUGACUCCUCUCGGCUGUUCGGGCGACAGUUCCUUGCAGUCCUGCAGGACAACGCUGCCCUCCUCCGUUCCUUGGACUCUGCGGUUGAGGCCGGCCAAAAACGCCCUGCCCAGGAAGGAUCCUUCCCUGCAAAGCGGCCCCGCCCGUACCAGUACAGGCAGCAACCAAGGCAGCCCUUUCCAGGCGGCCCUCCCACUUCCCAGGCCGGUCGAGGGAGGGGAUUCAACUGCCAAAGUGGAGCCGGUCGCAUAGCACGAUGCUUUUCAAAAUGGCUAGCACUAUCCCAGGACCCUUGGGUUCUUCAGGUGGUACAGGGUUAUCGCUUAGAUCUGGUGGGUUCCCCUGUUCUACGCCAAUCACCACCAAGGCCCUCCUUAUCAAAAGCUCAAUCCCUCUUGGUCAAACAGGAGAUCGACCUUCUCCUGUCCAAGGGCGCCAUUUCCCCAACUGCCAGAGAAAACGUGAAAUUCCUAUCCCCCAUCUUCCUUGUCCCCAAGAAGGAUGGAGGCUCUCGCCCUGUCCUAAACCUGCGAAACCUCAAUCGGUUCAUAAGGUACGAGCACUUCAAGAUGGAGGGUUGGCAUACAGUGAAAUCCCUGAUCCACCAAAACGAUUUUCUAACUCGCAUAGACCUUCAGGAUGCAUACUUGUCCGUCCCGAUCCAUGCGGAACACAGACCCCUGCUCUGCUUCGAAUGGGGUCCGCAAUGUUACCAAUGGAAUGUCUUACCAUUCGGCCUUUCUUCCGCCCCAAGGGUGUUCACGAAACUCCUAAAACCAGUAGUGGCCCUCUUUCGCUCGAGAGGCGUCCGGUUGGUAAUAUACCUCGACGACAUUCUCCUCCUUCACCAGAAACCAGAGGAUCUGGUUACGAUUACACAGGAACUGGGGACUGUCCUAACGGCACUGGGGUUUCAGGUCAACCUAGCAAAGUCCCACACAACCCCAUGUCAGUGCCUUCGUUUCCUCGGUUUCCUCAUCAAUACCCAGACAAUGCGAGUCAGCCUUCCACCCGAGAAAAUAGAAUCCCUCUCCAAUCUUCUGAGAACGACAUUGUCCAAACAGGUCGCCUCAGCAAGAGACCUCUCUCGUUUGAUUGGCAAGCUGAAUGCCACCGUGUUGGCAGUCUUCCCCGCACCCCUGCAUUUCAGAGCCCUCCAGCAUCUUCACAGCUUAAUACUAGCUCAGGGAUCUUGGGACUUUCCAGUCCCCUUGUCCGCGGACGCCUCAGAGGAGCUGAGGUGGUGGGUGGAAAACAUCCCUCGUUGUCGGGGUCGCCAUUUGAUCGAGGCUCCCAUAGUACGGGUGAUCCAAACAGACAGCUCCUCCACCCGGUGGGGUGCAGUUUGCGCCGGAGAAUCUAUCGGCAAUCUGUGGGGUCCAUUGGAGAGGUUGAUGCACAUAAACGAACUCGAACUCAAAGCGGCCUUUCUUGGCCUGCAAGCUUUUGGGAAGGAUCUCCACGAGGGUUGUCUGCUGAUACAGACAGACAACACGGCUACUGUAGCAGCAAUAAACAAACUGGGCUCUGCUCGAUCUCUCACACUUUCAACUAUAGCCCGCGAACUCUGGUCGUGGUGCUUCCAGCAAGGGAUCUCGGUGAGAGCAGAACACCUUCCGGGGAGAUUGAACACUCAAGCAGAUUGGGCAUCCCGUCAUUCCCUCGACAGCAGCAGUUGGAGACUACUCCCUCAGGUCUUCUCACAACUUCAGCAGCUGUGGGGCCCCUUCGCAGUCGAUCUGUUUGCAGACUACACAAAUCACCAGCUCCCUACCUUCUACAGCUGGAAGCCAGACCCCCAGGCGAGUGGGACAGAUGCAUUCACAAAGGAGUGGAGCGGGGCUCCGAAAUACGCCUUCCCACCCUUUGCGCUGAUAGGCAGCAUACACCCCGAAUCUUCGAGGUCCGACGAGGCCCCACCAAGGCACAGAUGCAAGAGCUGGGCCCUCCCAGCCCAAGAAUCUCCAAAACUGCGGCUCUCCACCAAGAGGAUAGAUGGUGGCGGAGGGUCUGCUUCAACUUCAGGAUCGUUCACCGUUGAAGCUGUCCAACUGUUCCCCAAGAAAGCCAACAUGGCCUCCAGACCAGCUUUUGGCUUCACCGUUGAAGCUGUCCAACUGUUCCCCAAGAAAGCCAACAUGGCCUCCAGACCAGCUUUUGAGUCGCUGUAG